GGUCGCUUUCAAAAAUGGCGAUCGAGAAAGGGUUGGAGUUGUUGAGAUAUUUACCACGUGUUUGUAUAACAAAUUUGAAAUAUGGUCCUCACUUACAUGCGAAGCAAAAAUGUCGACGAGGACAGUAUGGUGGAAAAACUUGUGGUUAUAGUCAGAAAGGAUCAUAUCAGAGACAGAAUUUUCCUAGACUUGGAUUUGAAGGAGGUAGAUUGCCUUUCUACUUGAGAACUCCAAUAGAAAAUUAUUAUAAAAAUCAUCAUGUACGCAGACAGUAUCCUCCACUUUCUUUGACCACACUUCAGUUAAUGUUGGAUACAAAUCGUAUUAAUUCAUCUGAACCUAUUGAUUUAAUUACUCUUUGUAAUACAAAUGUGUAUCAUAUGCAUCCUAAAUAUCAUCACUAUGGUGUCCAUUUGACAGAUGAGGGAAUGGAUGAUUUCUCACAUAAAAUUAAUAUAGAAGUGCAACAUGCUACAGAACCAGUUAUUGCAGCAAUAGAAAGAAAUGGUGGUGUUAUCACAACAGCAUAUUAUGAUAUGGAAAGUCUUGUUGCUAUGGUGAAUCCUCUGAAGUUUUUUAGUAGAGGCAUACCCAUACCAAAAAGAAAAUUACCUCCUGAAGAUGCUAUAAAAUAUUAUACAGAUCCUAAAUUUAGAGGUUAUCUUGCUGAUCCAGAAAAAAUUGCAGAGGAAAGAUUUAUUCUUUCACAGAAAUAUGGUUAUAAAUUGCCUGAUAUCACCAAAGAUCCUCAGUAUGAAAUGCUGACAUUUCGUAAAGAUCCCUUACAAAUCUUUGAAGGUUUGGAACCAGGAUGGGUUGUGAAUUUAACAGAUAAGACCAUCUUAAGGCCAAAAGAUAAAGAUUUACAAGAAUUCUAUUCAACAUUACCAUAAUUUAUAAGAUAUGGCAAAAAUAUAAAUUUUAGAAUAAAUCAAAAGAAAGUACUGAUUAUUAUAGAGCAGUGUUUUUUAACCUGUGGGUCACGACCCUCAAGGGGUUGCGAAGCCUUACACGGGGGUUGCGGGUAAAAGAAAA